CAUCUGAAAUAUACAAAGGCAACUCAGUGGAGGAAACUACAAUUGACUUGAACGUUCUAGAAAAUGAGCAAGUUCAAGUGUAAGUGUCUAAAUAUCACUAUUCAUGUGAAAGAAAAAGCGACUCGCGAAGCGGAAGGAACAGCGUUUGUCUCUGAGAAUUGCUCUGAACCUUUUUUCACCAAGGAGCUGUACGAAGUUGAACUGGCUGUCGGCGGAAUAACAAAGGUGAUUUGUAGCGUACGUUUCAGUAUCCGGACAGGGAACACUAAGGGAUAUUUUAAAGUCGCGUCGAGCUGUGCAUUAUCGGUGACAAGCCGCAAAGCCUUGGCGCGCUUUUUCCAGUUAUACCCGCGGUACUCUUUUUAAUCAUCUUUGCUUCGCUUUUAAAUUUCUCGUCGUUUACCGUCGCAUUUCCCUUCACCGCCGUAAGGAAGUCGGCCCCGUGACUUGUCGAGCUUAUUGCAUCAGAUUUCUGGCAUGGAAUUCUUGAAUUACUAACGGGAAAUUCUACACCAGCGAACAAGGGAGUACGACAUGACCUGAAGUGAAGCUCUCUGUUAGACUACUAACAUCGAUGUUUAUUGCUAAGCUAAAUAUCAGCAAACAACUGGAAUGCCGAACACUUAUAUCGUCCUUUGCCUUCGGGUUAAAGAGCCAUAAAUGUUCUCCGUUUCAUUUCGUUACACCUUGUAUUUUCUAAUUGCACCUAUAAAUAGAAAGGGAAUUGAGACUGGUCCCGAGUCGCAUUGCAGUAUUAUACAUGUACCGCUUUUUGUAGUGAUCAUUUGAUUUUUCUAUUUUUUUUCCCAUAUUUAUAACCUCACGUUAAACAUUGGUAUCUUGAAAUAAAUUUUUUAUUUGUUUUGGUUUAAUCCAGGAAGUUGGAAGUCUUGUGAGAGAAACCAAAGCUGAAGACUGGGAUGUUUUCUCUUGUAUAAACUGCAACAUGGAUACACAUGCUUUACACGCCGUGAAAAAGUACGACCGAGUAUUAAUGAGUAGAGGAAUGGAGGUAAGGACAUAACCAACUCUUCUAUAUAUUGCUGCAAAGCUGAAAAAAAAUUGUGGUUGUGGUUUCUCUUGCUAAGAAUCAGCUGGAAAACAAACAGUUAGCUGUUUGUGGUAAUGGUGGGGGUAAGAUUGACAAAGUUGAUGCCUGAUGUGAAAUAAUUCAAUUUCAGGGUUGGUUAUUCAUCUCUAUACUUCUUAUUUAACUUAACUCUUUUGAGUGGUCAGCUCUGGAACUAUCAUCUUUCCUGUACCUGCUUUUAGAUUCAAACAGAUGAACAGGUGUUUUCUGGUGUCUUAUUAUGUAUCCACUUUGUCCUGGGAAAUUGUCAAUUGAUAUUGAAAUGUUACAUUUGGCAUACUAAAAAUUCUAACAUCCAAUACCAAUAACCUUUGACUAAUGACAGUUUACACAUAUAAAGAUAAUAUUUUGUUGCGAAGAUCAGUUAGUUGGGUUUAUUUGAAGCUUGGUGAAGACCAUCAAAAUAUGAUUUGUUUAUCUUUUGUUGUCAAUUUCAGAGUGAUCCAGUUGUUCACAGUAAAAGUGCCAGUUCCUCUGAAUAUUCUUCAAUCUUCAAACUUAUUCUAAAACCUGCAAAAGAAAAUGAUCCAGAUAUUGUGGAUAACUCAUGUGAGUGAUUAGAUGUAGCAUCUUGGUAUAUGUUAGCUUUGAACUAUUCUGGCACCUUUUUCUAAUUUUGAGAUUUCAAACUAAGAAAAUUCUUCUCAUGUAUCCCUUUAAUUAGCUUAUUGUUAUAUCAAGCAUUAACUGCCAGUGUACCAAGGGUCUGUUUACAUCAAGCUAGGGUAGUACAGUUGUGAACAAGAGUUAACCAGUUCAGAAGGGAAACUUGGUAGAGCUUUUAGUUCCACUUGGUCUGUCACUGUGCCUUUCCAAAAUGUCAUGGUGUUUUCAACUAAUACCUUGAAAUAUUAAGGGUUAAAGUUGUUAAGUCUGUACUUGGUCCAAGAGACCCACAAGGUACCAGAGCUUAUUCUCCUUGGAUGGGAAGCAAGUCCCCUGUGGGUUAUCCCAAAGUUUUACAGGCUUCCCUUUCAGUUUGAUACAUAUACAUUCUUCCAGGUAGACACUGAGAGAGUUCUUCAGGGUUUCCUGACAAGAGGGCAACCUAUGAGCUUUGACAUCUGGACCCCUGGACCCAGAGUCCAAAGGUCCAACUGACAAAGCUUCUGGGUCUCCCAAUAUUUCCAUACAAUGAUAGCAAAAAAGGGUAUAACUAUUUGUAGCAGAAGAGAACUCCCCACACCCCUUCCUGUUGUCAUCGUACCAUUAGACAAUUACUUUCUGACAAUCUUUGCAGCAUACUUCCAUGACUCUAGAUUAAAUUAUGUUACUUCAUUGAUUAAGCAUGGGACAUUAUAAUAUAUAUAUAUAAUCUGAUGAAAGUUGGUAACAAAAUGAGAUAUUUGCUUUGUGUGAACAGAAAUUGAAGCUGAGUCUUUUUAUCUGUAAAAACACUCGAUGAGAUUUAACUUUCUUUGAUGUAAACAAAAAAUUAUGAUAACGUUUCUGUUCAAUUGAAAUUAAAGUUAGAAAACAUGACAGUGGUGAGUUUUCAAAAUUCCAUUGUGUUGACUCUGUAAACCUAUCUAUAGAGGAAGUCAAGAUAUUAGUGACAUGUGACACAAUUGUGACAUGUGACACAAUUGUGACUGCUCUAUGAUCAUUAAGUCACAAGAUCAAACUAAAAUUUGCUUUUUAUGGCAAAUGAUUUCUUAUGAUAAUGUUUCAUAUUAAAAAAUAUCACUGACAUUUUAUGGAGAUUGACCUGUUUACCCUGUAGAUAUUACAUGUAUAUAUAAAGGAAGAGAAGCUCUGAUGAUAUUUUAGAACAGUAUAAAAUUUGUAGUUGGUUGUGUUUAUGAUUAUAAACAAGGAAAACUAUUUGAUCAGUUGCAGGCAACGCUAUUUUGUUGGGUCAAGACAGGAUAUCUCUUGCCAUGGUCAGUGUACAGGAACAAGUCAAAAAAUUCCUACAAGCUGAAGAGGAUGCAAUGAAUGAAAGAAUAAGGUAACAGUGUCAUUGUUAUUCCACGUCAUGUGUGAUAUGAUGUGCAAGAGAAACCAGUGGCAGGUUCUGAGGAUCAUCAUUUGUGGAGUGGCUUGAAAAAAUGGGCUAAAACAAGUUUCAGAAUAUUUUGUGAAUCAUUGUGAUCAUUGUCUCUCAUUAGUCAUGUGUUCUUCUUAUUUUUUUCCACAUUUAGAAAAUUUGUAGCGGCGCAAAAGGAAGCAUUUACAACCCUUCAAGCACAGGUGUUCAAGGAUAAACAAGCUGUUUACUGGUAUGUAACAUGCUUUUGAUUUUCACUAAUUUUGCUGUGAUUUCAGUAUGUUUAUGAAUUAACCCUUUAACCUCUAAGGGUGAUAAACUUCUAAUUUCUCUCAACAGUAUUGCCCCUGAAUCAAACAAAAAGGUCAUGAGAUUAAAAGAAAUGAUGUAGAAACUCAAUAAGGUCUUGAUUGUCAGGCAAAUUCUCUUUUUCUGCACUCAGGGAAAUAUAUAGAGAACAGUAUGGAGAACUUGGAUACUGAUCUUUGGGUGUAAAGGGUUAAAUAUACUUGAUGUGCUUGUCAGAGAGCAAAAUUAUUUCAGUUUCAUUAACAAUAGGUCAUGUGAAAGUCAUUACUGAUAGUAAACUUGCUCUUUUUUCACAACAGUGCUAUCAAAAGAGAAGACGAAAAAGCCAUGGAAAGCUCUCUGGAUGAAGCUAUGGCAGAUAGUUCUUUUGACACCCCUGUAUUAUUUAAACCUGGUAUGAACAGUCUUUCAAAUGUGAUAUUUGAUUAUAGGGACAUAAAUUUUUUAUCAGUUGUGUCCGAAGUUUAGUUUGAUGAAAUAUUAUGUAGGUCAUGUGUUUAGAAGGUUGCAUUCAAAACAAUUUUGAAAUGCUCUGCAUAUUAUUUGAAAGUGGUAGACACCUUUAUUCUCUUGUCCUUUUGAUGAUAAUUUUUUUUUUUAAAUUCUACUGUGUGAAACCAAGAGAUAUCUGUUAAGCUUUUGCUAAAAUCCUGCUAAAAAAGGAAAGCACUUGUUCAACUGUUUUUUAUCUUUGUGGAAACUGUACUUUAGUCCUUUAACAAAGUCUCUGUUAGUUCUAAUUUUGCAUUCUGCCUCCUUUUCAGCUGUUUCAACUCGUGGGUGGAAUGACCAUCCCCCUGCCCAAGUCAACCAAGUCCACAUAACUCAGGUGGCUCCUCAUAAAUAUCCAUUGAACCCAGGUGCUCAUCCUCCUCGCAAGACAACCAGACGUCCACACAAAUCACAUCAAAAGAAAGAAUCAGAUGCUGAUCCAGUGUUUUCUUUAGAUGAUUUUACAGAUGACUGUGAACCAUUCUUUGAGUCCGAAGAAGACGAGCUUAGUAGCAGUGGUAUGAAAACAUUUAUAUUGUGUAUUGAAAAAUCUGUUGUGCACAUCCAUACAGGGUUUGAUCAGGUUUACAAAAACUGAUAGUAUUUCCCAUGGUGUGUUUCCCCAAACAGAAAAACAUUUCAUUUGAUACAUUUAUUUAGGUACAGAUAAAUCAAACAUUGCUUUCAACUGAUAAUUUGUACUAAAAGAUGACAAUUGUUUCUUUACUAAAACGUUCUAUUUUUGGCUCCUGUAGAUUCUAGGCCAGUACAUCUCAGUUUUAAGUUUGAACUUGAUACCAAAGAGUUUAGAGAGAUUUUAAUCUGGUGGACUAUGUGCACAAAAUUUGUAUCAAAACUUUUUACAAUAAGCACUAGAGAAAUAGCAUUGCAUUCAACUGCUCUCUGCUCCUAAUUUACCAUCACCAAUAACAACUUGACCAGAAGAUAUUGGGAUUUCUUUUUCCAUUUUUUACAUAAUAACAAUAUAACUUGUUAUUAUUUUAUAUACUUAAACAGUGGAUAAGGUUGAAGGUGCAUUCUGACUGGCUACUCAAACCCAGAUAUCCUUUGCUAUUCACCUCUGAGCAACUUGAACUGGAUUUGUUUCUGAAAAUGUUGUAAUUGUUUCAGGAAUAAAUUAGUUAAAAUCAUCUUUUUCUGCUACAUUAUCUCAAUGUUUCGCUUUACAACUCAGUAAAUAUCCACCAUUAGCCACCUCCACUCCAAGGAAUAGUUGUUAAUCAUUCUACACUGUAUGUUUUCACAAGACAUAUUUUAUGCCAGAUAGAGAUUUUACUAACACUACUUUACUUUGACCAUGGUAGAUAACAGCUUUCAAAGUGAAGAGCCUAUCCAUAACCCUGGAUUAAGGAGUGUCAAAAAAUCUACUCAAUAUUCCUCUUCCCUACCCAUAAGCAUGCCAGCAGGGAAAAUUUCUCCUCCUAUGGAUGAUCAAGAGGUAACUUCAAUUGUAAGCUAUAAAGCAUAGUCAUCGGUAUUGAAAGUCGUGUACAGUUUCUGCCAUAUGGCUUUAGGAAACUGACUGUUGUUUAAAAUAUGCAGAAAUUAAGGUGGAAAUUAAACUUUUAAAUUGCUGCAGCUGAAGCUUUCAGAAAUUUAAGGUGUCUUCUCUUGAGAUUUAUAUUCUAAAACAUGCCAAAGGACUGUUUAAAUUAUCAAGCAAUCUCUCUUCAGAGACAAAUGUGUACAUGCAUUUUUUUCUUAAUCUGAAUAUUGUUAUCUUAUUAUUUCUUAUAGCUUGCUAUACCUGAACCAAGCAAAAUUGGAGAAUCCAUGAAAGCAUUAGCCCGCAGUGUUCACGACACAUCUGAGAAGCUGUUUGGAGAACUACCUAGACCAAGACGGAGCACUUUCUCUCACAGAUAGUAUAAGGACUAAAUAUUAUAUUAUUGUAUUCUGAGCAUAGUCAAAGGAAAGCGCCUCUGUACACUAUGCAACAAACAUUUUAUUAAGAUUAAGGGUUAAACUUUGAGCUGCCAUAUGUAACAUGGAUUGUUGGAUUGAUUCUAUGGAUAAAGCUUAAUUGUGUGUCUUGUGCAAAAAAUAAAAAAUUAAACAGCAUGCACAAAAAAGGUGUGAAUUUACCCAGAGUUACUGGUAAAAGUAAAGAAGCAUUUUGAAAAUUGUGGUUAUGGACCUUUUAGUGACAUGACCAAAUGAAAUUGGCAAUGCUGGAUGGUUGUGAAUAUUGCGGCAAUGUGUAGUAUCGAAUAAGUUCACUUUCAAAAGCUUUGCAUUUAAGUAUCACAUUUCAUUGCUAUAUUUGACAACUUGUGCACUCUGUCGUGCAAUUAAAAUCAGGGUGAUAUAUGAUUAUACUUUAUGCUAACAUAAAGAAUGAUUACAACUAAAUCCCUGUGAUGGACCUCUGAGAUUAAGAAACACACAGCUCGCUUAGAUUCAAGUCUACAAAUCAGGUUACAGAUAUGACCCUUGAAUCCUCUGUAAUGUUAAACUUGUCUACUAGAGAGGUUUGCUGAGGAUUUUGUCAUCCAUGUUAAAUGUUAGAAAAAGAUGCUGUGUUUUAACUUUGAAGCAUGGAUAUUAAUUAACAUUCAGUAACUGGGAUUUCUUUAACAUUGUCUUCUUAGUGGUCAGAAUUCAGUG